GUGAGUAUUUUCUGCAGCCAACUUCAUGUUGUUUUUAAUCAAUUUGUAUUUUUUUUGUUCGCUUUUUAUCAAUUUUCUUUGCGAAAAUUCUCCAAAUUUCCAUUGUUGACCCACGGAAAGGCUAUCAAAUUGCAAAUUGAAAAAUAAAAUUCCAAAAGAUAAAAAUUUUGGGAAUUUUUGGGGGAAAACUCAGAACGCUGACGCACGUUGAAUGUUAUCGCGUGCGUCACAUGAUAACUGUCAGAUUUUGUGACACAAAGAAAAUUUGCAAUUAAAAGCAACCGAUUCCCAGGAAGUUCCUUCAGUUGUGCUCCCGCAUUAUUUCCGUGGCAUUCAGACAGUCAAGAUCUAAUUAGUGCGAAGAGAAGUCCAGUGUUGGGAGUUUAGUAAAAUAUACUCAAGUGGAGGCAUUUUAACUUGUGACAAUAAUGAUGAAAUUAGUGGGAUUUGCCUUAUUGGCUGUGAUUGCGACCGCGCAGGCGGUUUCCUUUUUCGAUUUAGCCCUCGAGGAAUGGAAGGCCUUCAAGGCGGAGCAUAGCAAAGCUUACAGGGAUGCGCAUGAGGAUAAGAUGCGUUUUGAAAUUUUCAAAGACAACAAACACAAAAUUGCGCGUCACAACCAGAGAUUUAAUGAGGGAAAGGUCACAUAUAAGUUGGGAUUGAAUAAAUAUGCCGAUUUGCUACAUCAUGAAUUUGUGGGGAAGAUGAAUGGCUUCAACAAGACGGCAUUCAACAAUCGCAUUACAGAGCACCGUGUGGAAGUUGGAGCAACAUUCAUUGAGCCAGCAAAUGUUGAAGUACCCGAGACGGUGGAUUGGCGCACAAAGGGUGCCGUGACGGGUGUUAAGGAUCAAGGGCAUUGCGGUUCAUGCUGGUCAUUUUCUGCAACAGGUGCCCUCGAGGGGCAACAUUUCCGCAAAACUGGUGUCCUUGUUUCCCUGUCUGAGCAGAAUCUCGUCGAUUGUUCGGGCUCAUAUGGGAAUGAUGGGUGCAAUGGGGGUUUGAUGGAUAAUGCUUUCCACUACAUUAAGGACAAUGGGGGCAUUGAUACGGAGAAAACGUAUCCAUAUGAGGCCAUUGAUGACACAUGCAGGUACAACCCGAAGAAUCGUGGUGCCACCGAUAGGGGUUUUGUGGACAUUCCAACGGGAAAUGAGCAAAAGAUGAAGGCUGCUGUUGCCACCAUUGGCCCCGUGUCCGUUGCCAUUGAUGCCAGCCACGAAUCCUUCCAACUCUACUCAUCGGGUGUUUACUACGAACCCGAAUGCAGCCCUGAGCAAUUGGAUCAUGGAGUUCUGGUUGUUGGGUAUGGCACAGAUGAGACUGGAGAGGAUUAUUGGUUGGUUAAGAAUUCCUGGGGUACAUCAUGGGGUGACAAGGGGUACGUGAAGAUGGCAAGAAAUAAGGAGAAUCACUGCGGAAUUGCAACUGCUUCAUCCUACCCUCUUGUCUAGACAGGAGGGAGCUUCUUUGCUGUUAUUUUUAUUUCAAUUUAUACCUCCUCCUCCUCCUCCUCCUUGUCUCAGCGAUCAUCCAACGUUAUUUACCGAUUAAUAAGAAAAAAAGAAAUAAGUGAGUAUUUGAAUAUUUUUUUGUCUGUUUUUAUACUUAAAAAUAAAACAAGAUAAAGGAGUAAGAAAA